GCAAUCCACGGUCGCGGAGAGAGCGGCUCCUCCACCAAAGAAAAAAGUACGAACGAACCACGAGUCUUGUCACAAAUGAAUAACUUUGGGGCUCUGGGGAAAGGAGUAAGGCAGAUCUGACGGAAGUGUCACUCCUUGCUUGAAUUCCCAUCAACCUGAGUGGAUGAUUUUGACCCUGGUGAUGGGUGCACUGUGCAGCCUGUUCCUGCUGGACGGGAAUUUCGCUAUUUCUCCCGACCGACCGAGGAGAUGGAGUAAAUCGGCACGGGCUUUCCGGGCGUUUCGUCAACCGCUUCUCCCACACAUUUUCCACCCGCCAAGUGCGCGAUUCCACAGCCUUGUGGUUGGUGCCAAGCAGCGUCUGUCUGGGGAAAACAGCAGGGACUGGUACACUCUGGCUCCCUAUGACGACGACAACCUUGGGGAUGGGGAAUGAUAGUAUCGCACAGCCCCCCCUUGCGACCGGGGUGAAGGUUGAUGAUGAUGACCACUUCCCCGGGCUAAGUUAGUACCUAGAUAGCGAGCAGGAUUGAAGCUCAUCAAUGCAAGUGUAAAAUGCC